CUCCUUAUCACUCGAUAGACUGGCCCCCACCUGCUCCACCUGUUGUCCACGAUGCGUUUCCAUCUCUCCGGUCUCUCGCGACGAGCCUUGAAACCGUACGUUGCCGAAUUUCUCGGCACCGCCCUCAUCAUCGUGAUCGGUGACGGCGUCGUGGCGCAAGCCCUGCUCUCCGACUACCAGUAUGGCACCUGGCUCUCCAUCAACCUGGCCUGGGCGGCCGCCGUCUGUCUCUCCGGCUACAUCGCCGACCCGAGUCCCGCCAGCAAUCCCGCCAUUUCCCUCGUCAUGGCCUUCGUCCGCCCGCAGCCCGACCAGUGGAGGAAGUUGCCCGGGAAGCUGCUGGCCCAGUUCCUGGGAGGCUUCGUGGGCGCGGCCAUUGUCUACAUCAACUACCGGUCGGCCAUCCUCGACUGGGACCCGGAAUAUACAAUCCCGGGGGGAUCGAUUUUGAGCCCGCGGGGCCACCACUCGGCCGGCAUCUUCUCCACUUAUCCCGCCAGCUUCUUCUCCUCCAAUUGGGAGGCGGUCUUCUCGGAAGUCCUCGGAUCGGCCGUGCUCAUGUUCGGCUCGCUGAGCGUCUCCGACCCGGCCAAUGCCCACCGCUUCCACUCCCCCCAGUUCUCCAUGUUUGUGCUUCUGCUCGCCAUUGGAGCCGCGUUGGGCUGGCAGACUGGCUACGCGAUCAAUCCUGCACGCGACUUUGGCCCGCGCCUCUUCUCGGCCAUCCUCUACGGUCGCGAGGUCUUCACCGCCGCCAAUUACUAUUUCGUUGUGCCCUUGUUCGCUCCCGUCGUCGGCUGCUUCGUGGGAGCCACGGUCUACGAUUCGCUGCUGUACGAGGGGGAUGGAUCGCGCAUUGCGGACGCGCUGGACAAGGCUGAGGACGUGGAUGGAGAGCUGCGCCUGCACUAGUGACUGAAAUAUCGAUGAUUGCCAUGUUUUGCCAUGAAUGACCACGACAAGAACCUACGGAUCGUCUGGACGACCGAGGCACGAAGACUACCUGGAUGACGGAAAGCGAUAGACUGGAUCUGGAUAGACGAUGGCCCAUAGAUGGUAGAUUAUUAUCCUAGAAUACAGUUAGUAUAGACACAAAUGAC